GACCCUACUCCCAUUGAUCCUCUACAAACAAAGAAAGUUCGCAAGGGCCCUCCUGGUCUGCCUUCAUCUGUGUAUGCCCCGUCUCCCAACACAGAAGACUUCAACAGAGAUUCUCCCUCCUACUCAUCUCCCAAACCCCCCAGCAGUAUGUUUGCAAGCACUUUCUUUGAUGGGACCCACAACUCUUCUGAUCCGUGGAAUUCCUCCAAUGGGAUCAACCAGCCUAGUUAUGGAGGAAUGCUGGGAGGAUCUUCAUCUCACAUGCCGCAGUCAGGAAAUUACGUCAACAUGCACUCACAUGACCGCCUGAAUUACCCUCCACACUCUGUGUCGCCGACAGACAUCCAUGCCAGUCUUCCUCCAAUGUCCAGCUUCCACCGCAGCAACGCCAGCACUUCACCAUUCGUUAACCCAACACACACCSCGCCUGUCAACACCACCGACGGGGYCAUGGUUGCUSCAAAUCGGGGGAACGCCWCUGGAAGCCAGCAGACUGGAGAUGCMCUGGGCAAAGCCUUGGCUUCRACAUACACUUGUGAUCACACUUCUUCCACUUUUCCCCACACCCCAUCCACCCCUGUAGGAUCCUCCGAUCCUCUCACAGGUACCAACCAAUGGUCCCGUGGUGCAGCCGGGCAGAGCUCCUCCUCCCCCAACUAUGAGAACUCCCUGCACUCACUGAAAACUCGAGUCCAUCAGCAGCUUCAUGAGCAUCUCCAGGAUGCCAUGUCAUUCUUAAAGGAUGUAUGCGAGUCUCGGAUGGAGGAUCGCCUGGACAGACUGGAUGAUGCCAUCCUCGUCCUGCGGAACCAUGCCGUGGGCUCCACCACCAGUCUGCCCAGCGACAUACACAGCCUGCUGGGACAGAACGGGCCAAUAGCAGCCCUCGGAGCAAACUUCCCUGCCGCCGGAUUGGUGGCUAGUCGGACAGCAGCAAUGGGUGGUUCUCACCGGGAUGAGGCUGGCAGUUUAAUCAACAGUCACGGAGGGCCGCCGAGCGUGGGCUCCAUGUCCAACAUGUCCAGCAUGUCCACCGCUGAACUCAACCACCAAGUGGAAACCUUCAGAGGUCUGGCUGCAGGUCUGGCUGGUCAGGUGGCUGCAGCCCUGGAGCUGAAGGUAGAGAACCAGGACAGAGACGACAUGCAUGAUGGCCACUCCUCCGACGACCUCGGCUCCGGAGACGAAAGCGACAAGAGRGACAUCAAGACUCCCAGAGGAGGCACWCGGACAAGCAGCAUCAAUGAGGAUGAUGACAACCUGAACCCAGAGCAGAAGGCUGAGCGGGAGCGCGAGAGGAGGAUGGCCAACAAUGCCCGCGAACGCCUGAGGGUGCGAGACAUCAACGAGGCUUUCAAGGAGCUGGGCCGCAUGGUUCAGCUGCACCUGAAGAGCGAGAAGCCCCAGACCAAGCUGCUCAUCCUGCACCAGGCCGUGGCAGUCAUACUGAGCCUGGAGCAACAAGUCAGAGAGCGGAAUCUGAACCCCAAAGCAGCAUGCCUUAAGAGGAGGGAAGAGGAGAAGGUGUCUGGCCAUGGGAUCUCUGGGGACCAGCAGGCCCACCAUGGGGUCCACCCCGGCCUCACCGACACAUCCAACCCCAUGGGCCGACUCUGAGGAGCACACAGAUCAAAAUGAUCCAGAUCAAUUCUGUAAGAUAGAGAUGGUGCCCUUGCUUCCCAAUGGCAGACAGGACUCAGUUUGUGACACAAAUUGGAGGCGACAGACCACUUGAAGCUAAACUCCAGACUAACGCAAUCCUUAGAUUGAAGAAAAGCCCAGUGUCCAGGUCCCURUAAUGACAUCCAACACAUUUCUGCCCACCAGAAAACUUCAGCACAUAUCACUGUCUGCAAGCAGCGUGUCGCAUCUGAACAAUCAGAGACUGUCGCGAUCUCCUCCACCCUCCCAUGUGGAAGUUUGCCUUGUGCCUAAACUGAAUUGACGAAUGCAUUGUAAUAGCAAUUAUGUUGGGUUUUUUGUAUUAUUUUUUUGUAUUUAUUAUGUUACUGAGCUGUAAAGUCUAUGUCUAAAGGGAAAGUUAUGAAUAUGCUUUAAGAAGCCUGUGGCUUUUCAGUUGAUCUACAGUUUGCCAGUGUCACUAGUAUGGCCCAGCCCUAGCCAGUCUCGGGCUAGCCUGAGCUAAGAUUAAGAUACUCAGGCUCCUGAGAAAGAUACAAAUUAAUAUAUUCAGAAAUUUAAAGUGAUCUUUAGGGCCCAACUAAAAAUCAAUUAGCGGUAUUGAGUACUAAAAGACUUAAGCAUCCCAUUUAUAAAAAAUAACAUAUAUUAUUUAUAUUUAUAUUUUAUUCAUGCCGCAAUGAACAGCAUGUUUAAACCAAAACGACCUGCUCAUCUGUCCGUUUGGUAUAGCUCAGUCUUCAUGUUACUGACAUAAUUAGAGGAAGAGGACUAGACAUGAGUGGUGGGUAUGAGCCCAUUUAAAUAGUGUUCCAUACAUACACUAGCCUGAACACUAUAAACUCUGUGUCACAGGUGACAGAAGAAUGGCAAACUCUAGUUUUCCUGAAAGGUCAACUACAGACUUAUAAGGUGUUUAUUCUCAGUAGUGAGCAGUUCAAAUACAGAAAGCAAACCAUUUACAAACCUUAGCAUUCCCUGCAUAUUUCUUAGUGUC